UGUUUAUGUCGUCUCUACUUCAUUCUAUUUCGAUGGUCUUGACGCACGUAAACUGAAGUUUUUUGACUAUCAUGUCAUUCUAAAAUUUUGUCAAAAACUCAGCUGCUCAAACUGUCUAUAUACCCACAAUGUACAGCAUCGUUUUAUUUUUCUGUUGUUUGUCUAAUACAAAAAUGUAAUCGUUACCAUCAAUGUUGAUCUACAGAAAACUUCAAAAGUUGUUAAACAGCAAUUGUGAUUUUAAAUCAUCUGUGAGACAUAAAAAUUAUGACUGAGAGAACAGCGAAUAACAUCUACUUUGAAGACGUUUUACCACAAACCGGAUGGGGCCUCUACUAUAAAUUUAUGCUAGGAAUGGCAUGUGCUUCGUGCUUUGCAAAUGCCACCGCUGCUAUGUGUAUACCCUUAGGAAUUCCGCUGUCAAGUUGUGAAAGUGAAAUCAACGAAGCAACUUUGUACCAAAUAUUUAUAAGCUUUACAAUCGGAAGAGGUCUAGGAGGUUUUAUUGGAAAUUCUUUAAGCGACAUGUUCGGAAGAAAACGACUACUAACCAAUAGUUUAAUUUUAAAUUUCGCUAGUACAUUCAUGGCGGCAUUCGCUUACAACUACUACAUGAUCAUUUUUGCUGUGUUCUUUUUAGGAGGUUCACUGGAACACCAUCAAAAUGUAGUCAAAAUUCAUUUAGCUGAAAUAUUACCGAUGAACAAACGGGGCCACUAUUUGGCAAUGUGCGAUCUGUUUUGGACUUUCGGAUAUAUAUUGGUUGCAAUUGUCGCAAUUUUUUUUAGGAGUCCGUCUUAUAUAGAACACAGAGUCGUUGAUAUGCGCGUGACAACUUGGAGGAUGCUUUUUGCUUUAUCUGGAGGCUUCAGUUUGGUAUUGGCUUGUGCAUCGGCUUUACUUGAAGAGAGUCCACGGUACUUCUUGCACUCGCGUAAAGAGUACCUAGCUGUGCUAACACUUAAACAAUUCUAUGCCAUCAAUAAGUCAACUUACGGGAAUUCUUUUGACGUGAAAGAGAACGAUAUAAGAGAUCUUGUUAGAGAUUAUGGACUUUAUUAUCAGCCGGAGACGUUGGGAUUCUCUAGACCACUUUUUGAUAUAAUGGUAUUAGUUGGAAAAGCGUUGACGCUGUUAUAUUCGAAAGCGUUCGGGAAGUUUACAGCCACUUUGUUGGUUUUGAAAACGUCAAUAUUUCUAUUAAGAAUAGUGGAUGUUAAUAUUUUCCUAGCAAAAAACCUUGGAGAAACUUUUCCCCUUAACGGUAUAGAUAUAAUAUAUUUGGAUACCCUAAAAAAUAAUAACAUGUGUGGAACUUUUGAAGAAAACAACAUUUUAUUCUUUAACUUUCUUAUACUAUCGACUAAUAUACUGCUAGGGCAGCUACUAAUGGUGUGCCUCUUGGAUCUUAUGAGGCGGAAAAUUUCUUUGUUCCUUGGAAUGUUCAUAACUGGCUUAUGUUUCGUAUCCUUAUAUUUCAUAAAAGAUGGUAUGACAAAAAUGAUAUUUUCCUCGGUACUUAUGAUUUCAUUUAGUAUAGUGAUGACUGUGAUCUCAGUCAUAAAUAUUGAAACUUUUCCAACAUCACUGCGUGCAACGUCACACGGCGCAACCAGUUUUUUAGGAAUAAUUUUAUCUAUAUUCUUGAUAAGGUUUUAUUUUUAUUUCUCAAAUUUAUUCGUGAUAAUAAUGGGUUCCUUAUUUAUUUUAACAUCGUUUGUAUCGUGGUCUAUAUACGAUUUAUCGAAGCAACCAAUGAUCGAAUGAAUCUGACGCAGCAGUAUAAAAUCAAAUAUGUAAAUAAUUAAGGUAUUUUGUUUUUUAAUGAAAGCAUUUUUUUUUGUUUAUUUUUAAAUGAAUAAGAAAUAAGGAACGAAGAAUAUGUAAAAUAUAUACCUACUAUUAUGAAAUCAUAGGUAAAAUUAUUUGAAAUAUAAAUAAAGGAAUUAGCGACGUGAACUCUUUUAUUUACCUAGUUGAAUGACGGCUUGAAUAAUUAUUAACAUAACAGUGUUAAAUUAUCGUCCAUCACCCUUUAUUUGCCCUUUUUUGAUAGUAGAGACCCGUUAUAAGUACCAAG